CCUAUUAUUGCUCUCAAGAAUCCAAAAAGGAAAGCCACAAAAACAAAAUUAAAGAAGACUAGCCAAUCACAAGUUCCACUAGUUUUUCAUUCAUCCAAUGCAAAAGCGUCAACUAUGUCACAACUCUGUGAUCUUCAAAUCCAUCUCAAUGGCCUACACACAUUCUUCCUCAAUCGGGGUUUGAUCUCCGAGUACUCGGGAAGUUUGAGGAAGAUGAUAAAACAGAGCAAGAAGAGGAGGAACAAGAACAAGAACAUUCUGGACAUCGUCCAGAUCGAAGAUUUCCCUGGAGGUUCAUAUGGAUUCGAACUGGUUUCAAGAUUUUGCCACAACAAUGGAAGAAUCUCGAUCAAUGUUGCCAAUGUCUCGAUCUUGUACUGCUGUUCCGUCUUUCUCGGGAUGACAGAGAAGUACUCGCCCUCGAACCUCUUGCUUCAGACAGAGAAGUUCCUAGAAGGAAUGUUCUACUGGUCAUUCAACGAUGUUAUUCUGUGUCUGAAGAGCUGCGAGAGAGUUUUUGUCUACGCAGAUUCUUAUGGUUUAGUUCAGAAGCUAAUCUGCGCGUUAUUGGCAAAAAUCGCUCAGAAUUCGGACAUGAAUCAAGUCUUUGCUUCACCAACCUCGUCAUCUUCUCCAGAUACGACGAAGAACACUCCUGAACCAAUCAAACAGUGUACGUCACGUUCUUUUUCUUGCAGAACAAGCAAGGAAUGGUGGUUUGAGGAUAUGGCGAUUCUCGCACCACAGAUCAUAGGGAAGCUAAUCAAGAAUCUCGAUGCUUACAAGACGAGCAACAACAGCUUAGUAAUUACGAGAUUUCUCCUUCAGUACCUCAAGACAAGGCUCCAAAUCGGAUCCAACAACGCGGAGCUGAUGAAGAACAAACUCGAAUACGCAGAUCUUGCAGAUACCGCCGUCCAAGGGGUGAUUUCGGUGGGAAAAAGUGCAUUUUCUUGCAGAAAACUCUUUUGGAUUCUUCGGGUUUUGUCCGGUUUCAGCCUCAGUAGAGAGUCGAGAAUCGGGUUAGAGAACCUAAUCGGAGAAAUGCUCGAUCAAGCAACACUAGACGACCUUCUGAUAUGUGGAAACAGCAGAGACAAGGGCUUGUUCUACGAUGUUGAUCUUGUGAUAAGACUACUGAAGGUGCUCGUCAACAACAACAAUCAAGAAUCAUCACAAAACAUGAAGGAAAUUGGGAAAUUGAUUGAUAAAUACUUGAGAGAGAUAUCUCCAGAUCAGAAUCUAAAAGUUUCCAAGUUUCUUGGAGUUGUCGAGAGUUUGCCAGAUUCAGCAAGGGAUUGCUUUGAUGGAGUUUACAGAGCCAUUGAUAUCUAUCUAGAGUCUCAUCAAAAUUUGUCCUUGGAAGAUCGGACCAAGUUAUGCAGAUGUCUCAACUACAAGAAACUAACGUUAGAGACAUGCAAACAACUCGCGAAAGAUCCAAAGAUCCCUCCUAAUGUCGCAGUAGAAGCGUUGAAAUCGCAGCAUCUGAACGCGUCCUCGGCUUCCGCAGCGAAAGAUUAUCCAUUCGUAAACAAGAAAUCUAUUCGCCGAUAUUCAGAAUCGAAGCCUUCUUUGAUGUUUUUCGAAGGUUAUGAGGUGGAAGAUAAAGAUGAGAGGAAUGAUGUAAGGAUUCAUUUGGAGAGGAUGCAAUGCAAGGUGUUGGAGUCUGAAAAGAUUUGUAAGGAAAUGAAGGGUCAAGUGCCAAGAUUGGUUAAACAUGGCCAUACUCAUUCCUUGGGCAGUCCAAUGCCAAGGCUUUGUUAAUUCAUAUAUUUAUUUAUCUAUAUGUAUUUUCAAAUCAUAAUAUGUCAUUCACAUACACUCACACACACGUCUAUGUAUAUAUGAAUAUGUAUAUCUUCGAUCUUUCAAGCAAAAGAUGACAGCUGUUUAGUUGUUUUAAAAAA